ACUGAGAUUCAUUAUUACUCAGCCAUCAUGUAUUUGCCAUUUGCCACUGUCAUCCUAAUAUUUGCUGUACUCACCCCAAAGACUCGGAGCUAUGAUGCCGCUACACCAGGAUGUCACAUUCACCCAUUUAAUGUCACUAUAACAAGUGAUCGUAAAGGGACUUGCAGAGGGACGCAGUUUAUAAAUGCAUGUGUCGGUCAUUGUGAAUCCAGUGCCUUCCCAUCCAAGUAUUCAGUGUUAGUGGCCAGCAGAUUCAAACACAACAUAACAUCAGUGUCGCAGUGCUGUACCAUCAGCAAAGUGGAGAAGGUAAAGGUUCGCCUGUUUUGUGGAGCAUCUCACUGGGAGGAAAUCGAAAUUGGUUCUGCAUCGGCAUGCCAAUGUGACAUGUGUCGUCUGGCCCGAUAUUAACAUCACCACACUGCUGGAAGAAUCAGCCAACCAUA